CAAGAAUUUAUCAACACUGCAAACAGACUGUUGUUUUUUGGGAUAAAAAUAAAAAAUGCUGAAAUUAGGAAAAUUUAUAGCUCAAAAUGCUACUGUGGCUAAUCUAGUGGGCAGACAGCAAUUGGUAGCCACCAGUCGCCUAUAUUCGGCUUCCGCGGCAUCUUCCGACUCGGAUUUUCCCAUUGACAUAACGAAUCCUUAUGAAAAGGACCCUCAGCAGUGCAUCCUGUGCAAACACAGCAUCGAGCCGCACUACAAGAACGUGAAGCUCCUUUCCCAAUUCCAAUCGCCGUAUACGGGUCGCAUUUACGGGCGGCACAUCACCGGGUUAUGCAAGCGGCGGCAGGAGCAAGUGGAGCAGGCCAUCCUGCGGGCCCAGCAGUGCUUGUUGAUGCCAGGAUAUCACAAGGACCUCGACUUCCUGCAGGACCCCAAGCUCUUCGAUCCCGAGAGGCCCAUCCGCCCACACAAGUACUAGUUUGUUUUUAAGUUUCCUCUUUGUUGCAAUGGAAAUACAGUUUCUUAAUGUUAAA